AUGUCCGUCAUCAACUCCCACAUAAAAUUUAAAAUCAAUGGACAAUCAACUAAAAAACAACUUACAGAACACUCUACUUUACACAGCAUAUUCAAAGACAUCAUAAGACUUAUAAAAUCAACUCAGAUUCCAAUUUUCACAUUACAGAAUCUCAAAAUCAUGGUCUCACCCCAAAGAAUCAAAACAAUCUCCUCCUCUUCUUCCUCGUCCUCCUCAUCGCGAUCAUUUUCCGCAGAGACAAUAGCCAACGACGAUGAUCUCUUAACCCAAAUCCUACUUUAUCUGCCCAUCAGAGCUCUACUCAAAUUCAAAUGUGUCUCCAAGCAUUGGCUCUCUCUCAUUUCCAAUCCUCACUUCACUCGUCGUCUUAACCUCUCCGACUCCCCUUCCGGUCUCUUCGUGCACAUCAAUAAAUGGCCGCGUUCUGAUAACCAUCCUGAAUUUGAUUACAUCAAUCUUGAUCCCAUUAAUAAUCGGUGUGACGCCCCCUUUCGAAUUCUUAAUUUCGCUAAUGAACCGUCAGGCAUCAGGAUUCUCCAAUCUUGCAAUGGAUUGCUACUGUGUUGUAGUAACCUCAAGUACGGAUCUGAAGCAAAUUACUAUGUCUACAAUCCUACUACUCGUCAGUUCACUCUACCUCCUCCGUUACAUCAUCUUGCUGAAAUACAUGGUCCUUAUUUGGCUUUUGAUCCAUCAAAAUCGCCUCAUUAUAGCGUUAUUUAUCUCCGUCAAAACGAAGUCGAAGACACUGAUUUGCACAUAGAGAUCUACUCUACCAAAACCGGAAUCUGGAAAGUAUCGGAUUCGAUAUUCCAAACAGAACAUGACAUCGGAUUCCAUGGCGGCGUAUUUUGGAAUGGCGCGAUUCAUUGGUACACAGAUUCAGGUCCUUCGAUCUGUUUUGAUGUCGAUCAAGAACAAGUCAAAGAAAUGCCAAUGCCUCCGAUGCCGGAUGAAUGGUAUCGGAGGAGGGUUAUGUAUUUCGGAGAAUCUAGAGGUUGCUUAUAUCUAGUUGAGAUUUACCACCCGCCGUCUACGCAAUUUAAUGUGUGUGAGAUGGAGAAAGACUACUCAGGAUGGUUCGUUAAGUACCGCGUUGAUCUGAAUGGAGUUGCCGGCGCAUAUCCUGAGAUGAUUAGAUUGUAUCUUGAUCCGUCGGUGUUGAAUCACUACGCUUUUCAGAUUAUGAGUAUUGUUAAGGGAGAAAGUGAUGAAGAGGACUCGUUCAUGGUGUUACAUAUACCUGGGAAAGUCAUAAGGUAUAACUUCAAGGAUAAUAGUUUUGAGAAAAUAUUUGAUUUUGAUCAGCAAGUUACUGCAGGAAAUUUUUCAUGUUAUCCUGCUAAUGAGUAUAUCAAGAGUGUUGCAUCUGUGUGGUGA